AUGCCAACUUUAUCGACCAUCGCAGAUAUACACGAUGUCAAUGAACACAUGGAUACUGUACAAGCUGGUAUGUCCGAGGUAAAGGGAGGAUUUGAGGCAGUCAACUCUGCCAUCGAGAAUGUCUCUGGUGUUUGUCACGGGUUGGAUGCAAUGAGUCAAAGCAAGAACUUGAUUGUAUUACAGAAAGAAUUAACUAAAGAGAGAAGAGUUCUAUCUUGUACGAGGAGCUCUUUUAAAAGGGGCUCUCGCUGGUUCGUAGAAUGGCCCGCGCGCUUUGGCGUCGCGCAGUCAUGUGCAGGCCCGCGUAGUCACGUGCAGGCUGCACUACGUAGUAGUGCAGCCAAAUAUCGGGUUCAACCCGUCACAGUGUUGUUGUACAAGAAAAAUGAAGAAAAUCGGGGCCGUUUUAUUUCACUUCAUACUCGACAAGCAGCAGCCAACGAUGUACUGAAGAAUUUUGGACAACAAUUCAGCAAUGUGGUCACCAAGCCAGAAAUGGCAAAUAUGCAAACGUCUUUGACUGAACUACAGUCAACCAUUCCUGCAUUGGCAACUGUUGUGGACACUCAGGACAUUUUGAAAGGUGUUCAAAAUUUGAGCAUUGAGUUGACAGAAGUUGCUGCAAAGUCAGAGGAUAUGGAUUAUCUGAAUGAAAGCAUUCGCGAUGUCUCUUCCAAAGUCAACACCGUACAAUCCAGCAUGCAAGCACUGGCUAGCAUUGCCGAUGUUCAGGACAUUUCUACCGCAAUCAUCAAGUCGAAGCAGGAUAUCCUCAACCAAAUCGCUUUGAAUGUAAAUGCAGCCGAUGUGGACACAAAAUUCGAGGAAGUCAAGGCACAGGUGGAGGGUGUCCAAUCAAGUCUGCCAGCAGUGGCAACUGUGCCAGACCUUUGUGAUAUAGAGGCAAUCAACGCAGUGGCGACGAACAACCGCAGCGAGAUCAUCGAUGAAGUCAAGGCAGAGACCUUGAAAUAUCGAAAUGAUAUCGUCACCGAACUCCUCCACCUCCCCUCCAAGGAUGAUAUCAAUCAGCAUAUUGCCACAUUGCCGACAAAGGAAGAACUCAAGGUCGACAUGACCACAGCAAUGAAGGAUAUCCUCACCGAAGCCGAUUUUGUGGCGGAAGUAACCAAGUUGAAUGAUUCGACCAAAGAUCUUCUGCAAAAGGGUCAUUUCGAUACCAAGAUUGAGGCCGUUACGACCACUAUCGAUACUCUGCUCUCGAACUUGAAGAAUGAGUUUUUGUUUGUCGAACAAUCGCAAGAGGCAUCGAGAGUGGCAAUCAAGGACAUGGCCACAGAGUUGGUCGAGGUAUCGAAAAACGGUGACAAUAUAUCCGAAAAGACUCAAGAAAUUGAGCAAAUCGUGAAGAAUGUCCGUACUUCAUUGUAUGAUAUCCUGGCGAGAACCGAUUUCGGGGGUGAUGGGUGGUGGACCAACCAGCAAGGAGGGAAUGAGGAAGAUGCACCCGACAUUGGAUUUCCUAAGUCUCAGCAAAAUCCAAAGCGUACACUUUCUUCCGAAUCAAGCGAGCACCCAUCUAGUCAACAUGAACCGACUCCGCGACCGAGAUCAGAUUCGGAUCCGCUUGGAAUAUACCAUGACGACUCCGACGAACCACCAGUUGCAAGACCUCAAGUAGAGAGUCCAGAUCUUGAUGUCCGUUCCGAGCACGACACUUCAAUCGUGGCUCGUGAUUUUGCUUCUGGUGGAGAAGAGUCGUUGUUGUUUCAAGAUGAGACGGACAAUUCGAUCGAGCCCACCCUUACCCCCUUGAAUCAGCACGUCGAUGUCCUCAGGGGCCAAAAGCAUUCCAGGCCCAGUACCAUGGAAUCAAUGAGAGCCGAACAAUCCAAGGCUGCUAAGGCUAGUGAUGGGGCCAGAGUCCCCAGUGGUAGCAAGUCCACAGCAGCAGCAGCAGGUCCCGCGCCCUCUCCACCAUCAAGUGGUACAUGGAGAAAAGUAUCCGUUGGGCCUAAGGCCGGAGGAAAGGAGAUGAGAGCUGCUUUAAAGUCGGUUCUUGGCACCAAGAUUGGCGGACUCGUCCAUGCUCGAGACAUUAAAGUGGGAAAGAAGGGUGGGCAUCGCCUGGCGAAUGCUGAACUAAACGCCGAGCGUCCAACUGUAUGUUGGAUGGCUCAGUAUUCUUUGGAUAAGGAUUGGCCCGCUGAGGGCUAUCCAAAGUUGCCUUCUGGUCGCCCGGGUGCCGAUCACCUGGAAAACUUGAAGAAAUGGUGGGGGGAGAAGUGGGUGGACACGAACAAGGCGUGCCCCCACUGUGAAUGGAUGAAGGGGGCGGGGAACGAGGCGUCUUGUUUUUACUUUGUUGAUACUCCUGAAAAGGAGUUUAUCCAAUUGCACCAAUACGUCCGUCUCGGUAAAGGCGGCCCCACAAACCUUUUUUUCGACGACCACCACAUUCAUCUCCUCCGAAUUCCAGCAACAACCCCUCCACUUGCGUUCCGAUCUGAGCCUUCAACUCAAUGGGAUAAAAACUGA